UGAUGUAAUACACAAGCGGAACUGGGUGUCAUCGACAACGCGUUUUCUCGCAGCACACAGACUCAGGUUGUCAAUAUAGCUGAGGCAGUAACAGAAGCUCAGUACAAUGGGUGAACAACUGAGCCCGGAUGAGAAGUUCAACCUCAUCACUCGAAAUCUUCAGGAAGUUCUUGGGGAAGAAAGGCUUAAGGAAAUUCUUAAGGAAAGAGAGUUGAAGGUAUACUGGGGCACAGCAACCACAGGCAAGCCUCAUGUGGCUUACUUUGUUCCCAUGUCUAAGAUUGCUGACUUCCUGAAGGCUGGAUGUGAGGUGACCAUCCUUUUUGCUGACCUUCAUGCAUACUUGGACAACAUGAAAGCACCCUGGGAGCUGCUUGAGCUGCGUGUACAGUACUAUGAACAGGUCAUUAAGGCCAUGCUGGAGAGCAUUGGAGUUCCUCUGGAUAAGCUCAAGUUUGUAAAAGGAACAGACUUCCAGUUGAGCAGGGAGUACACACUGGAUGUGUACAGGCUUUCCUCCAUAGUAACAGAGCAUGAUGCGAAGAAGGCUGGAGCUGAAGUAGUGAAGCAGGUGGAGCAUCCUCUCCUGAGUGGUCUGCUCUACCCUGGACUACAGGCACUGGAUGAGGAACACUUAAAGGUGGAUGCACAGUUUGGUGGAGUUGACCAGAGGAAAAUUUUCACUUUAGCAGAAAAGUACCUGCCCAAUCUGGGUUACACUAAACGGAUUCACAUGAUGAAUCCCAUGGUGCCCGGCCUGACUGGAGGCAAAAUGAGCUCUUCUGAAGAGGAAUCCAAGAUAGACCUCCUGGAUAAGAAAGAGGAUGUGAAGAAGAAGCUGAAGAAGGCUUUUUGUGAACCUGGAAAUAUUCAGAACAAUGGAGUUCUUUCCUUUGUCAAGCAUGUUCUCUUCCCUCUGCAUUCUGAAUUUGUGAUUAAGCGAGAUCCUAAAUGGGGAGGCGACAAAGUUUACACAGUUUAUGAAGAUGUAGAGAAAGACUUUGCAGAGGAGCAUGUCCAUCCCGGAGAUUUAAAAGCCUCAGUAGAGGUGGCUCUGAAGAAGCUGCUGGAUCCUAUCAGGAAAAAGUUUGAAACACCAGAGUUAAAGAAACUGACCAAUUCAGCUUAUCCAGCUACAUCUAAAAACAAAGGUGCAGCAGAGGAUGAUGAAGUCAUUCCAUCCAGACUGGAUCUCCGAGUGGGUAAAAUCGUCAGUGUUGAGAAGCACCCAGACGCAGACUCUCUGUAUUUAGAGAAGAUCGAUGUCGGUGAGGAGCAGCCUCGGACUGUCGUGAGCGGACUGGUGGCCUACAUUACUCAGGAGGAGCUGCAGGAUCGGCUUGUGGUAUUACUGUGCAAUCUAAAGCCACAGAAUAUGCGUGGAAUCGAGUCUCAGGCUAUGCUGCUCUGUGCCUCAGUGGAAGGUGAGCCCAGGAAAGUCGAACCAUUGGAUCCUCCUGAAGGGUCAGCACCAGGUGACCGUGUUUUUGUAGAUGGAUACUCGUCAGGCACACCGGAUGAUGAAUUAAAGCCAAAAAAGAAGGUGUUUGAAAAGUUGCAGGUGGACAUGAAGAUUUCAGAUGAGUGUGUAGCUCAAUGGAAAGAAAAUGAUUUGAUCACCAAACUAGGAAAAAUCACCUGUAAAACACUAAAGGGUGGCAACAUCAGCUAAAUAAUACUUCUCUCAUUCUCUUCAACUCUGUCUUCAAUUCUUGAAUUACAUGACAACCUAGUGUCCCAAUAAUACAUUAUUGUAAUAACUGUAAACACAGGUUAAAAACUGUACAUGCAAAAGUGUUUCAUGCAUUUUUAAAAAAUAAUUCUUCUCAUACUGUUCUGUUUCUUUUAAAAUAUCAGCACUUAAUUAAUACAUCAUUCUCAAUACUUAUGUUGUCUUUCAACUUUAUCUUUAUCAUUAUGUGCUUUAGUAAAUAAUGGUCUGUUAAAAGGUUACAUGUCACACAUGUAUCUCAGGAUUAUGAUGGGUAUGGUGGGACUACAUCAACAAUAAUCAUUUUCACCUGUUAGUAAAUGAAUAAAUGGAUGAGGUUGUUAAACAUAAGUAAUGCAUACUGUUAACCAAAUACAAAAUAAAUAACAUACAUUAAAACCCC